AUGUUAAUUUCAAUUUAUUUUUAUUUCAGUGUAAAAUGGAAUAUUAAAGAUGGUGAAGAAUUCAAUCCUGUAAAUGGACCUGUUGUAUUAGCAGAGGUUAGAGGUGCCAGAUGCCUUCAAGUGGCACGGAAAAGUAGCCGGAGAAAGACAACACCUGGGUUCCAUUUGGUUGAGAAGUAUGCCAUGUUGGUCGGUGGUUGCGACGGUCAUCGUAUGGAUCUCUCAUCGAUGAUGUUGAAGGAUAACCAUGUUUGGUCGGCAGGUGGUAACAUCACUGCUGCAGUAAGAUGGUGCGUGUUCUAUUGGUGGAUUCUCUCUCUCAAGGUGGAAGUGGAGUGUCGUACUGAAGACGAGGAUGUCGAAGCGAUGGAAGUCGCUGCCGAUGUCGUCAUACUCGACAACAUGUUGCCACCAAUGCUUGCUGUCGCUAAAUCUACCUGUCGAUGCCGUGCUGUAUUGUUACUAGUGGAAGUUAUUAAAGAGUCUGUCGAUGUUGUACCAAUCGUACUGUCAUCGGAUGAUGCUACACGUUUAUUUGAUCGAUUAUUAUGUUGUGCCUCUUACCUCUAG